AGCGCCCCCGGCGCCCCCUGAAAUGUGGGGGGCGCGCUCCGCGGCCGGGCGCCAGAGCCCGCCGCGCGCGGGGCGCUGCCGGGCCCGCCCCCGGCGAGAGGGGACAUGCCCGGUGGCUGUGAGCGACCGCCGACGGGCGAUGUUAGGAUCAGGGCGCUUCGUCCAGUGGGUAUUCAUUCUGGUAUGUUGAGUCCCGGCACCGCCAGCCCCCAGCGGCCCGCCAGCGCCGCCCGGCGGCCUCUGACGGCCGGCGGCAGCGCGAGCGCCGAGCCCGCGGCGGAGGACGAGGCGCAGGGCCUGUCGGAGGAGUUUUUACAGCAGCAUUGUGGCGUAGAAGAUUUAUCGGAGGUGAACCGCAUCGAUCUUUGCGUGAACUCGCUGACGCACAAUGUCGAGGUGCUUGGUUCUAUGUUGCCCAACCUGCUCCACCUCAAGGUCGCUUUGAUGCGAGCUUUCUUCAAGCUGCUGUGUCUCGCCUCCCGUCCAUCCAGUUCGCAUCGUGCUCUUGCAUGAAGGAUUUCGCCCGCUGCCACCGGCCCCCCUCAGAUUGCUUGCAUGCCCGCGCUUGAUCGGUAUGAUUGUUGGCUUUAUUGUCGGUUGGUUGGGUUGCAACUCGGCUGAUUGGCAUGUCUAAAUUGAUGGUUG